AUGUCACAGAGAAUUGGUCUCCCCGAUGGAAAGUGGCCGGUCCUCCACCCUUUAACAUCAAACCCGUCAAAGGGGUGGUACAUGCAGUGCUUCAGUCGGGCAUUCGUGGAAUUUGCUCUUCACAAUGAGAAGGCCGUUGAAUUCUACAACUGGACGAAGAAGACUUACAUUCCAGACGAGACCUUCUUUGCCACCCUGAAUCACAAUCCAAGCCUUGGUGCACACGGGGCUUACACCGGUAAUAAGACAGCUGAAUCUUUCAUAGCAGAUUCAAAAACAGGGGCAGCAUCCCGUGUGCUGGGAAAAGAUACAAACAACGCGGAACAAACAUAUUUCGCGAUCCGCGGCGUCAAGGCCCAACGAGUCAAUGCCAAGUCGGCAGUUGAAGCCGCGUCAUUAUCUGGCGGCACGUCGCAUUUCGCCGCAAUGCUUCGCUUCUGUCCACCGAGAUUUGAACCAAAACUAUAUGCAGCGAUGCCCCGCCAUUGUGUCAGGUUUAUGGCAUUCUUAGCUAAGGCGCCUUUACUGAAAUGUGCAAUUGUGACAGUUGGAAUUUGUUCACUACCAGCGCUGCUUUUGUCGACUACGAGCCAACUGUCUGGACCACAGACCAUGUUUAAAGAAGGUGCAUUAGUGACUGAUGUCAACUGCAAAGCACUUUUCAAGGGCGAUAUGGGUGAACUUAAUGGAGCAAAUAUGUUGACAAAAACCCUAAAGCGAACGCACUUACAGCCAAAUGAUUAUAAAAAGUGGAUUGCAAAUUGUUCUUCCUUUAAACUUCAUAGAGGCUAUAUAACUGACACACUUUCAGAGCUUGAAAGAGAAUUUCCCAUAGCUUUUAGCAUUCUAAUGUUCAAAGACAUUGAAAUGUUCGAGCGACUUCUGCGUGCAAUUUACAGGCCGCAGAAUUUCUAUUGUAUUCACGUGGAUGAUAAAACCAGUGACGAAAUAUUUAAAGCAGUCGUUUCCAUUACGGGAUGCUUUGAAAAUGUUUUUAUGGCGUCUCAAAGGAUCGAUGUGGUAUGGGGCAAAUUGUCCGUUCUUACACCGGAACUAGUUUGCAUGGAGGAUCUCAUUCGACGUAGCCGUAAAUGGAAGUACUUUAUUAACCUGACAGGUCAGGAGUUUCCCCUCAAGUCGAACUUUGAAUUGGUACAAAUUCUGACAGCUUUCAACGGAUCAAACGACGUAGAACAUGUCACAGGGAAUUGGUCUCCCCGAUGGAAAGUGGCCGGUCCUCCACCCUUUAACAUCAAACCCGUCAAAGGGGUGGUACAUGCAGUGCUCAGUCGGGCAUUCGUGGAAUUUGCUCUUCACAACGAGAAGGCCGUUGAAUUCUACAACUGGACGAAGAAGACUUACAUUCCAGACGAGACCUUCUUUGCCACCCUGAAUCACAAUCCAAGCCUUGGUGCACACGGGGCUUACACCGGUAAUAAGACAGCUGAAUCUUUCAUAGCAAGAUUCAAAAACAGGGGCAGCAUCCCGUGUGCUGGGAAAAGAGUAAGGGGCGUCUGUAUCAUAGGAACGGGUGACCUACCCCUGCUGGCCAGGAGCAAGAGUUUAUUUGUUAACAAACUUCAUCAAGAUUUCCAUCCAUAUGCUUACGAUUGUCUGGAAGAGUUGAUUGCUAAUCGGACCAGAGAUUAUUAUUAUGGGCGUUGGACUUUCGACACCAGCUAUUACACACAGUUGGACUUUGUGAAAAAUAAAGUUGGAUAAAAUUUCAUUAAAUGUAACCAUUAAAUAAUUAUUUCAAAAUGUGUUUUUUAUAAUACUGAUAUUUAAUGAGUUUAAACAGGUAUCGUUAAAGAUCUUAAGAAAUGCAUCAUUGAAGUAUAUAUUUUACAUUUGAUAAUAAAAGAUAUAUACAUGUACGUCAUUUAACUUGUAAUAACUUUUCUUAAGUUUGAAAAUGCACAACGAGGAGUCUUUUGUGUAUACAUAAUUAUACUUACCGGUUGUCUUAGUCUAAGUCAAAGUGGCUGGUGAAUAAGGGCCUGUGUAUUUGUUGUAUGUAUCACAUUGCAUGUAUAAUUUAAACAGUGAAUACAGUCUUAUUAUCACGUUUAUGUAUUUAUCACAUGCCAUACCCUGUUUCCCAUGUAAUAUAACCAUUACAUAUAUUUUUAUCUUACAAAUGUGUAAUUUACUUUUUAA